CUGUGACUUUUGUCUGUGCGCCUGGUGGAAGAGGCAGGACUCCACUCGGGACGCUGUCUGGAAAACCCACUCCCCACAUUCCCUGACUGACCACACCAGGUCAAUCACACACAUCAAGAUGUCUGGCAAAAUAACAAAAGAAGAUAUAGAGGAGAUGAGGGAGAUAUUUGGCAAAAUUGAUAUCGACAAUGACGGCUACAUCUGCGAUUAUGAACUUAAUGAGCUCCUAAAAGAGGCCGGCUGCCCCCUCCCAGGCUAUAAAGUGCGAGAAAUUAUCAACAAACUGGACCGCAACAAGGACAACAAAAUCAGCUUCGAUGAGUUUUUGUCAAUUAUCCAGGAACAUAAAAGUACCCAAGUAGCAAAGACGUUCCGUAAGGCCAUCAACAGAAAAGAGGGGAUCUUGGCCAUCGGGGGCACCUCUGAACUGUCGAGUGAGGGAACACAGCACUCCUACUCGGAGGAGGAGCGGUUCGCUUUUGUAAACUGGAUUAACUCAGCUUUGGAAAACGACCCAGACUGUAAACAUGUUCUGCCCAUGGAUCCCAACACAGAUGACCUGUUCACAUCUCUUGGAGAUGGCAUUCUUCUCUGUAAAAUGAUCAACCUCUCCAUGCCAGACACUAUUGAUGAAAGGACCAUAAACAAAAAGAAGCUAACCCAUUUUACAACACAGGAGAACCUUAAUCUGGCUUUGAACUCUGCUUCGGCCAUUGGUUGUCAUGUCGUAAACAUUGGUGCUAUGGACUUAAGAGAAGGGAAGCCUCAUCUGGUGCUGGGACUCCUUUGGCAAAUUAUUAAAAUUGGCCUGUUUGCUGAUAUUGAACUCAGCAGGAAUGAAGCCUUGGCGGCUCUGCUGAGAGAUGGAGAAACCCUGGAGGACCUGAUGAAGCUUUCUCCAGAAGAGCUGCUCCUUCGCUGGGCAAACUAUCACCUGGAAAAUGCAGGAUACCAGAAAAUCAGCAACUUCAGCUCUGACAUUAAGGACUCCAGAGCAUAUUUCCACCUCCUGAAUCAGAUCUCUCCAAAAGGCACAGAGGAGGACCAGCCACGCAUCGACAUCAACAUGUCUGGCUACAGUGAAAAGGACGACCUUAAGAGAGCCGAAGCCAUGCUGCAACAGGCCGACCGCCUCGGCUGUCGACAGUUUGUCACGCCUGCUGACGUUGUGAACGGAAACCCCAAACUCAACCUCGCUUUUGUGGCCAAUCUCUUCAACAAAUACCCUGCUCUCACCAAACCAGAGAAUGAGGACAUAGACUGGGGACUGCUAGAAGGUGAGACGAGAGAAGAGAGAACAUUCAGAAACUGGAUGAACUCACUGGGAGUAAGCCCAACUGUCAAUCAUCUAUACGUAGACCUACAAGACGCCUUGGUCAUCCUUCAGCUUUAUGAGAAAAUUAAUGUGCCAGUAGACUGGGAUAAUAAGGUUAACAAACCACCUUAUCCCAAACUGGGAACAAACAUGAAAAAGUUGGAAAAUUGUAACUAUGCAGUGGAUCUUGGAAAAACAGCCAAGUUUUCUCUCGUUGGAAUCGGCGGGCAGGACCUGAAUGAUGGCAACGCAACCCUUACUCUGGCAGUAAUGUGGCAGAUCAUGAGAAGAUAUACGCUGAAAGUGUUAGAGAACCUCGGAUGUGGACAAAAAGUCGAUGAUAACAUUAUCGUAGAAUGGGUAAAUAAAACAUUAGCCGACGCUGGAAAAUCCUCCAAGAUCACAAGCUUUAAGGAUAAAGAGAUCAGCACUAGUUUGGCAGUAGUGGAAUUAAUAGAUGCCAUUCAACCAGGCAGCAUCAAUUUUGACCUGGUAAAAACAGGAUCCCUGUCUGAAGAUGACAAACUGGAAAAUGCCAAAUAUGCGAUCUCCAUGGCGAGGAAGAUUGGCGCCCGAGUAUACGCUCUUCCCGAGGACCUUGUGGAGGUUAAACCUAAAAUGGUAAUGACCGUUUUCGCCUGCUUGAUGGGACGGGGCAUGAAUCACGUCUAAGGAUCUCAUCACUGUGACUCUUCAAACUAAACCACAACAAGCCAUUAGCAUUUUGAAAGCGCUUCCCAUUGAGGGAAUGUGUUUUUUAUUUUAAAAUGCUGACUGUCUUAUGUGAUCUGAAAUUCAAAAUGAGUUACUGUGUUUACCGAAGAAUAAUGUGCUGUCCAAUUCAAAGAUGGCCUCUCUCUAAAGGGACGAAUGUCUGAAAACAACUGGUUACUUCAUUAUGCAAGCCUUAAAUAAUGUACAAUGCUGUUUUGUAAAAAUGAUUAUGGUAUAUCUAGCUGCAAGGUUGUUUCCUUUUUUUAUGCAGAUUGAUGGUAAAUAUUAUUCCUGAAUCCUGGCUACAUACUCAAAAGCCUUAACGUAUGCUAGUAUAAUGUUGGGGUGAUUGACUCGUUACCUCACAUACAAGCAUGUCUUAUUAUAAUUCUCUUUCUCAAAGCCAUGAGGUCAUUUCAGAGCAUCAUGUUGUCUUGUCUAUUGGGAUGUAGAGUUGUUGGUAAUGGUUGUUUUGGUUGCCUUGACAAUGAGUUUGUCUUGUCUGUUGAGUAGCGAGCUGACUGGACUCUGCUGGCUUAUGCUGUGCCUUCUUUGCUUCUCAAAGUCAAUUUAAGUCAUUUUGAGGAUUUACCUUAGUAUUUUAUACUCAACAUUACCAAAUAUAGACAGUAACUUCAUUACAGGUAGCUUUUGUGAUACUCUGACAAUGGCCAAAUUGUAUUUGGUUAUAUGUUUAUGUCUACUCUCAAAUGCUUUCCAACUAACAAUAAAUAUGCAUCUCAGAAUUUGACCAUGUAUUCUGAAUUUACACAAAGCACACCAGCCCAAAGCACUACUUCUCAGUGAAGAUGUAUUGAGCAAUG